CCAAGUGGUAGGUCGAUAUCAAGCCAACAUGUAUCGGUGAUGACGUCCCGUCAAGCGCUCCUCGACGAGCAUCAGCUUGCGUGGCAAGACGUUCCUUCGUCCAGUCCUCGGACCGCUCAGCCUGACCAUCUGGAGCCUUCAUGGGAGCCGCGCAAACUCUCGAGUAUCGACUAUGGCACACGCUCACACGACGAGCCAUCGUCUCCCCUCCAAGAAGAAAGCGCUAGUCUGCACAGUGAGACGCCCCUGGAUAGAACGCUCGAGCGCGUCGGAUUUGGUUUGUACCAAAAACGAUUGCUUUUGCUUGCCGGCGGAGGUUGGGCAGCCGAGAAUGCUUGGCUCCAAGGCAUCGCUGUCAUCCUGCCUCGUGUACAGGCAGAAUAUGCCGUCAGCGAUCGUUAUAUCGGCCUUCUGUCGGCUUCCAUGUUUGCCGGCAUGGCCGUAGGCGCGUCUUUCUGGGGAAGCAUUAGCGAUUCCUACGGCAGAUUGUACGCUUUCCAAGGCACACUCCUCGUCACUGCCAUCUUCGGCACACUCGCAUUUUUCACGACAUCCUUUCUGCAGCUCUGCCUCGUCCUCGUCUGUCUGGGCACAGGCGUCGGUGGCAGUAUCUCCACAGACGGCACCCUGGCGCUAGAGUGUAUACCAAAGACAAAACAUUUUCUCAUCACUGGCCUCUCGUUCUUCUUCUCACUGGGUGCUGUGACUACUUCUUUGCUCGCCCUCAUCAUACUGCCAAGUCGAUCGUGCGUUUCGAAUUUGCAAGAAUCUGACGUAGCCGAUCUCUGUACAAACAAUGGCUGGAAAUUGCUCCUGCUUGCGCUAGGCGGCGUGACCUUUGUCAUGUUUCUCUGCAGAGUCCUCUUCUUCCGCUUGCAUGAAUCUGCCAAGUUUCUCGUCGUAUCAGGCCGGACAGAAGAAGCCGUGCUUGUCCUGAGAGAGAUUCUGCGAGUCAACGGCAAGGUCAUCGACCUCAGUGUCGAAGACAUGCAAGACGAUGUCGACAUGCAUGACUCGGCGCCGAUACCCCAGACUGUGUACGACCACGUACCCGAGUCUGCCAAUCCGGACGAGCAGAUAAAUGGCCAUGAGCGUAAGCACACGCCAAGCAUCGAUCGUUCGUUCUGGUCGAGAUACGUAGAGAACAUUUUCAGCUCCUAUGAGCAGCUCAGAGGACGCAUCAAUAUUCUCUUCUCGCCCAAGUGGGCACGCACGACGACCCUUGUUUGGCUCAUCUGGUUCUUCGUCUCGGCCGGCUACACGAUUUUCAAUGUCUAUCUGCCAAAGUUUCUCGAAGACAAAGUAGGGCGAGAAGAGCUUGGCGGCGGCUUGACGGAAUCGCUACAAGAGUAUGUAAUCUACACGGUGGCAGGAUGUCCAGGGAGCAUCAUUGGCGCCUAUCUGAUCGAGACUCGUCUUGGUCGCAGAGGAUCCAUGGCGCUCUCGACCCUUAUGACCGCACUGGGAACCUUCAUAUUCGUCAUGGUCACCUCCAAAGCAGGAGUUGUGCUGAGCUCGAUGCUAGUCAGCCUUAUGGCUACGCUCAUGUAUGCCAUUAUAUACGGUUACACGCCAGAGGUCUUUGAGGCUCGUAUCCGUGGUACAGGUUGCGGGAUAGCAUCUGCUCUCAGUCGCGUUGCUGGCAUCAUCGCGCCCUUGUUGACCGGCUUACUGCUUAGUCUAUCAGUCUCUCUACCGCUCUUCGUUAGUGCGGGUGCGUUUGCAACCGCAACGAUUUGUAUGGCAACGCUGCCUUUCGAGACAAGAGGAAGAUAG